UUGACAAUACUCUUCUGCCACUAUCCAUUCGCUCAUGACUUAAUUAGCCUAGCUUAGCUUAGCUACACUCCUCUUAUCUUCUCCACCCUUCGAUUUCCUCUCCAAUUCCAUGGCGCGGGCGCUGAUUUCGUCCCCGACCUUCCUGGGAACGCCUCUUCCAUCGCUUUCCCGCCAUGGAUUUGUCCCGCGGCCCAGGCGCGUCUCUACCGAGGUGAAAUUCAGCUUGCAGAACCUCCCGCCUGUUGAAAAUUCGAUUGAUUUCAAUGCCAUGGUUGAGAAAGCUGAAGCUUUGCUCUACACGCUCGCCGAUGCUGCGGUGGUUGCCGACGGUGGUACGGCUGCCUCCGACUCUGCUGCUGCUGCUACUGUGCAGAAGAGCGGAGGGUGGUUCGGGUUCAUUUCUGACGGCAUGGAAGUUGUAUUGAAGAUUCUUAAGGGCGGUCUCGCAGCUGUUCACGUGCCGUAUUCUUAUGGGUUUGCCAUAAUACUUCUCACUGUUAUUGUAAAAGUUGCCACAUUCCCUCUGACAAAGAAACAGGUUGAGUCAACUCUAGCAAUGCAGAAUCUUCAACCAAAAAUCAAGGCGAUUCAACAAAGAUAUGCAGGAAAUCAAGAAAGAAUACAACUUGAAACUUCUCGAUUAUACAAACAAGCAGGAGUCAAUCCUCUUGCUGGUUGCUUCCCAACCCUGGCUACAAUACCAGUCUGGAUAGGUUUAUAUCAAGCCCUUUCAAAUGUCGCAAAUGAGGGACUGCUAACUGAAGGAUUCUUUUGGAUUCCUUCUUUGGGUGGCCCAACAACAAUUGCAGCUCGGCAAAGUGGAGCUGGAAUUUCCUGGUUGUUUCCAUUUGUGGACGGGCAUCCACCACUCGGUUGGUAUGACACUGCAGCAUACCUUGUUCUACCUGUUCUUCUUAUUGUCUCUCAGUAUGUCUCUAUGGAAUUGAUGAAGCCUCCACAAACAGAUGAUCCAUCACAGAAGAACACACUUCUGGUGCUCAAGUUUCUUCCCAUUAUGAUUGGUUACUUCUCUCUGUCAGUUCCAUCUGGAUUAUCAAUAUACUGGUUCACAAACAAUGUACUUAGCACGGCACAACAGGUCUGGCUAAGGAAAUUGGGAGGUGCAAAGCCUGUUGUAGGUGAAAAUGCUGGUGGGAUAAUCAGUGCUGGACGUGCAAAGCGAUCAGGCACUCAGCCAGAAACAGCUGGUGAAAGGUUUAAACAGCUAAAAGAAGAAGAGAAGAAGAAGAAGAACGCUGCACUUCCUGUGGAUGCUGUUCAAGCUUCGACUUCGUCAGAUUUUGAGUCAGAAGAUGACUCAGAAAAAGUAAGUGUAUCAAAGCUGGACAAAGAAGUUCUUGAAGAGUCGUAUGCUUCCAGCAAUGUUAAACAAGUUCCACCCGGGCCUAGGAGAAGUAAGAGGUCAAAGCGAAAGCGUGCGGUAUGAGUUAUCAACUUUUGUUGAUUACAUUAAAUCUUGUAUAUUUUGUGCAAUUUGCAAAUUGAUAUAUAGGGGCCAUUUUCUUGGGGCCAUCAAUUUUAACGUACAAAUAAGCUAUUUGUUUCGUUAGGUUGAGGAUCUGUUGUACUCCCUGCUUGAAUGCUCAUUCAACUUUAUGUCUAUUGCUUAAUCUGUACAAAAUCAGAAUUUAUAA